AGGCACUCAAACCUUUGGCGUUUUCCAUCAGAGCAGCGGCAGCAGUGUUGCGCGUAAGACACGCGGACGGGAAGAAACUCGCACAACUGGAUAUAUCUGUUGCUUUAUGUUAUUUAAAUCCAUCGUUUCAACCUAGUGGAACACUUUUGGGUUCGCCGUGAGACAGAGACGCGGAAGAACCGAGGGAGCGAACAGCAAAAGGCAGCCCCGACAAGCGCGUCUGAAUGCAGGGAAGACAGCAAGGAGUCUUCGGGCAUCGCCUGCGCGUCUUUACGCGGCAGGAAAAUCGGCAAAAUUGCGGUUCUCCCUCAGUAUGAAAAAAAGGGCGGUUGGGUGUGCGUUUAACUUAUUUUAGUUUGUUUUAAAGACCACUUUAAGAUUAUUUGACGUUCUGAGGCAGUCUGUCGGAUCGCAGCUUGGAAGUGCACCGAUGCACGCUCCUCCAUACAGCCGAGGAUUGCGCGCUGCCAACUCUUCGUCUGACUAAAAUAAAGGACGCAAAGUGGGGAGUGGAUCGUUUCUUGCGCACCUUGGCUCCGGUGGUGGGGAUAUGGCCAACUCCGGGCGAGAAAGCAAAACGCAGUGGGUUGAUGCGAGAGGAAACAGGAGCUGAAUGACAGGAUGCCAGCGACGACCUGAAGUCAAAACGCAGAAGCUUCACUUCAAGUGACUCGUUUUUAUUUAUUUAUUUUUACUACCGAGAUAAGACUGGACAUCUUUCCCAGCCAUAAAGUGGAUGAGUUUGUCUGGGAUCUUUUUUUUUUGCUAAUUUUAUUUUGGGUUUUCAAAACGAGGAUGCAUUGUGGAUUAGUUUUUGUCCUGUUGAUGGGAUUCCUCUUGGUGGCCAAGGCUUUCAAAAACGACAAAUGUGGAGGCAACAUCCGAAUCUCAAACGCCAACUACCUCACAUCUCCCGGCUACCCCCAGUCUUACACCUCUUCUCAGCGCUGUACAUGGGUGAUCUCGGCCCCUGGCCCCCACCAGCGGAUCCUCAUCAACUUCAAUCCGCAUUUUGACCUGGAGGAUCGGGAGUGCAAGUAUGACUACGUGGAAGUCCGAGACGGCGUGGAUGAGAGCGGUCAGUUGGUGGGCAAGUACUGCGGCAAGAUCGCCCCAUCUCCCGUCGUCUCCGUCGGAAACCAGCUCUUCAUUAAGUUUGUCUCCGACUACGAGACCCACGGAGCAGGCUUCUCCAUACGAUAUGAGAUCUUCAAAACGGGUCCUGAAUGCUCCAGGAACUUCACCUCCAAUAGCGGUGUCAUAAAAUCGCCGGGCUUUCCAGAAAAGUACCCCAACAACCUGGACUGUACUUUUAUGAUAUUUGCCCCAAGGAUGUCAGAAAUGAUCUUGGAGUUUGAGAGCUUUGAGUUGGAACCUGACCCAACGCCUCCAGCUGGCGUGUUCUGCCGUUAUGAUCGUCUGGAAAUCUGGGAUGGCUUUCCUGGAGUUGGACCGUACAUUGGACGGUAUUGUGGACAAAACACACCCGGAAGAAUCAUCUCUUACACUGGCAUCCUGGCGCUUACAAUCAACACGGACAGCGCUAUUGCCAAGGAGGGUUUUUCUGCCAACUUCACAGUCAUCGAAAGGACCGUUCCAGAGGACUUUGAUUGCGGUGACCCGUUGGGAAUGGAAUCUGGUGAGAUAACAUCCGACCAAAUCGUGGCCUCAUCCCAGUACAACCCGAGCUGGUCCUCUGAGCGUUCCAGACUCAACUACUAUGAGAACGCGUGGACCCCCGAGCAGGACUCAAACAAGGAGUGGAUACAGGUGGACCUUGGGUUCCUACGAUUUGUCUCAGCCAUCGGUACACAGGGUGCAGUUUCCCAGGAGACCGAGAGGACUUAUUUUGUCAAGUCCUACAAAGUCGACGUCAGUUCAAAUGGAGAAGACUGGAUCACGCUCAAGGAGGGCUCGAAACAAAAGGUUUUCCAAGGUAACACCAAUCCAACAGACAUUGCCAAGACGAUGAUACCCAAACCCACUCUGACGCGUUUCAUCCGCAUCCGUCCUGUUACCUGGGAAAAAGGCAUCGCACUGCGCUUUGAAGUGUAUGGAUGUAAGAUAUCAGAGUACCCAUGCUCGGGCAUGCUUGGCAUGGUAUCGGGCUUGAUCACCGACAACCAAAUCACCGCAUCGUCACACACGGACCGGAGCUGGGUCCCAGACAACGCCCGUCUGCUGACCAGCCGGACAGGUUGGACCCUGCUGCCUCAGCCCCAGCCUUUCACCAGGGAAUGGUUACAGGUGGAUCUGGGGGAAGAGAAAGUGGUCAAGGGAUUGAUCAUUCAGGGAGGAAAGCACCGUGAGAACAAGGUCUUCAUGAAGAAAUUCCGCCUUGGCCACAGCAAUAAUGGGUCUGAGUGGAGGAUGGUUCUGGACACCAACGGAAACAAACCAAAGCUUUUCGAAGGAAACAGCAACUACGACACUCCCGAGUUGAGGACGGUGGAACCACUACUAACCCGCUUCAUCCGAAUCUACCCGGAUAGGGCGACCGCGACUGGAAUGGGCCUUCGACUUGAGCUCCUGGGCUGUGAUAUUGAAGCUCCCACGGUCCCCCCUUCCACGACCCUUCCGACCUCGUCGGCGUCAGACGAAUGCGACGACGACCAAGCAAACUGCCACAGUGGCACAGGUGAUGACUACGAUAACACAGGUAGUACAACAAUGCCAGAAACCACAACGGCUGCAGCCGAUCUCGUCCCAGACUUUCUUUGGUUCGCCUGCGACUUUGGCUGGGCCAAUGACCCGUCCUUCUGCAGGUGGACUUCGGAAGAUACUGUCUCUCGAUGGCAAAUCCAGUCCAGCGGAACCCCCACCCUCAAUACUGGACCCAAUAUGGAUCAUACAGGUGGCUCAGGAAAUUUCAUUUACACCUUGGCGACGGGUUUACAAGACACAGAGGUGGCUCGGCUGGUCAGCCCAGAGGUCAUCUCCCCCGAUUCGGACCUGUGUGUGUCAUUCUGGUACCACAUGUUCGGGUCACACAUUGGUACACUACAUAUCAAACAGCGCAAACAGACUGUCGACGGACCCGCUGACAUCUUGCUGUGGACCGUCAGCGGUCACCAGGGUAACCGCUGGAGGGAAGGUCGUGUUCUCCUGCCACGCACUAAUUGGCCCUAUCAGGUGGUGAUUGAAGGGUCGGUAGAGAGAAAGAGCUGGGGUGAUAUUGCCGUGGAUGACAUUAAGGUUCUUAGUGGACUCACUGCAACAGACUGCAAAGAUCCAGAUGUACCCACCGAACCAAUGCUGCCAGAGGAUCACUUUAAUGAAAUCAUUGAGGAGAUCACAGAAUAUCCCGACUUUGUGGAGACCAACCAGAUCAGCGGAGCCGGCAAUAUGUUAAAGACACUUGACCCUAUUCUCAUCACCAUCAUCGCUAUGUCCGCCCUGGGCGUUUUCCUGGGCGCCAUUUGCGGUGUUGUCCUUUACUGCGCCUGCUCGCAUGGCGGCAUGUCAGAAAGGAAUUUAUCAGCCCUGGAAAAUUAUAACUUUGAACUGGUGGACGGGGUCAAGUUAAAGAAGGACAAACUCAAUGUACAGAGCUCGUAUUCGGAGGCGUGAGGCCCGAAGCGGCUCAUUCAUGUGACUAUGUAACGUGCACAGCUUGAAGAGCGUGCACGGGACUCGCUGUAGCUACGUCUCGUGUAUUCGUACGAGAAGGCGGACUCUAAGGAGCGCCCGUUACCCUCAGCUUUCCGAAUGAGGGACAGAUUCAGGAACCGACGGGAGGUUUGAACUAAUCUACGCUUUUCUCAGGAGCUGCAGUAAAAAGAACCUACCAGUAGGGGACACUGUGUACAAAAAUAAAUACAGGAAAAAAAAAAAAAGAUGUACAGAUACGUAGAUGAAAUUUUAAUUUUCUAUUUUGAUUUUCCAUUCAUUUUUACAAUCGGAUGCUGGUGUUGAGACCAAUUUAUUAAUAAUGUUAAGAGUAUUUAUCAUUUUCUGGAGUUUUUUUUUUUUUUUUUUAGUUCAUGAAGGCGAUAAAUUUCAAGUUUUGAAAUGAAAUAUCCAAAAUGAACCAUAUCCGGCAAAACUGUCGAUUUGCCCACGCUAUGGCAUACAGGGUGUGCUCAUAAUUCAUAAAUCUGAUAUAUGUACCCAUUUUAACCUCCCCUCACUCCAGAAUGAGUCGCAUCCAUGGGAAUUUAUGGUUCUGAUAGUGCCUUUAGUACAUAUCGGAUGGUCUCCUCUUUUGAACUGGGUGUUAUUUUUAUUUUUUUUGCUGUACUUGGCUUUAUUUAUAAGGGCAGAAAACAGGGGCACAUGAUCAUACCUGCAAAAUGGUAUCUGAUCUUUCAAUCUAUCACAUCAUAGUGCUUUACUUGUUUGUGUCUGAAAACCACACACUGUAAAUAAGUUUUAAUAUAUUUUAUUGUCUUUUUUUAAAGAAGGUGAUAAGAAAAAAAAAAGUCUUUUUUUUUUUCCUCACUGUGUGUCUGUGUGCAAAUCACACGUGUGUGUGUAAAUACAAUCCCUCUGACUGUUUUGUGGAUGGUGCAGUGUUAACGUUUCAUUUAACAUUACCGUGACGAUGUUAAAGCAAUUUCAACAUGCAUUCGGGCCAAUUGUCAUCACAACACCCACUUCAUUAAAACCACCGAUGGAUGAAUGAGUUUUAAAAAAAAAAAACACACACAACAAAAAGGCACACACAAAAAAACUCAAGCAAUGAACUAAUUGCAUUAUCUUCUGCUCUCAUGUAGCUUUGCUGAUUUUGUUGGUAGAGUCACCAACAUACCAAAAAAAAAAUGCAACAAUCAUUUUUGCUUUACCACUUUUAAAUGUCACUGUGGAUUGAUUGCUCACUGACGGAAAAGCUAUCUCGACAAUGCAGCUUGUGUGCACUUUGUUACUGAUUCCCUCUUGAUAGAAAUCUAUUAAAAGGGGUGAACUGAUGAAUGGUGCUAUACAGUAAUUACUUUAAACACACACACAAAGCAGUAAGCGGCUUAUAAUAAUGUCAGAGGUGAUCUGAGUAGAAUAGAACAUUGGUUGGAAUCGGGGAUUGGGUAGAGCCACCAAAUUGACUUUACCUAGCCUCCCUCUAUGGCUUUACCAAAGUUUGGUGGUACAAUUAGAUGGCAGAAAUGACAGAAAUGUAAAUGUGUUUUUCUAUUUGCAUUUAAAGCAACAAGAGGCCGGACAUCAGAUUGGUGUGAGCCCCCCCAGAGACUCUUGUUUGUUUGGAAGUAGAAGGAUGAACUUUGCAGCAUCAGAACACAAUAUUGCCGCCUGGAUUUUAUAUCCCUGCCCACCCCCCAAAAAAAAAAAAAAAAAUGAUAGCGAGAACUCGAAGGCAUACCUACAUCUUUUGUAGUAGUGUGAUUUGCGUGUUGUACUGUGGUGACGACAUUCUCAGUUUGUUCCUUUUAGAUUGAAAAUGACACGUUGCUCCAUGGCUACACAUCAUAAUGUCUGCGCUUUUGUCUCGGAAAAUAAACAAACAAAAAAACAAGUGUAGCUUCAGCGACAUCUGCUGCUCAAAUAGGGGGUAAAGAAUACUGUAGCGUGGACUCAAAAGAAACAAUGUUGCACUGAUAAAUAUUAUAUUUGAAAAGCGUAUGUGUUUAUAGCGAAUAUUUGCAAGGAAAAACAAACAAAAAAAUAAAGUACAAAAAACACAUAUAGUGAUGAUAUCUUUCAUGUUUUUAUAUAUAAUUUCAGGUUAUCUGACAUAAUUCUGAAAUGUAAAAUACCGGGAUGUUUUCAUUAUUGAAAAAAGAAUUAUAGAUUGCCCCCCUUACAUUAUAAUGGCAUAUUAACGCCCCACUUUGUACUGUCAUUACAAUUUUGUGCUUUUUUUUU